GACGAGUCUAGCGGGCGAGAUAUUAUAAGUCGGAAAACGGAACAUCAUGUCGAGUUUUCAGCGUCAUGGAGAUUUCACAGUGACAAAAUCUACUAAAGGAGGUGGUAGAAAUUACUACGGACAUGAUGAUCGCACUCGAGAAACACCAAGUGGCCACUGGCGAGGUGGAGGAAGAGGAGGGGGAGGUGGAGGAGGUGGAGGAAGAGGAGGAAGAGGCGGGGGACGAGGAGGAGGAGGAGGAAACAGAAACGACUGGGAUCAGAGUGACAGAUAUGACCGAAAUGAUAACUUCAGAGGACAAGGACGCAAUGACUAUGACAGAUAUAAUGACAGAGAUGGUGGUUAUAGAGGAAGGGGUAGAGGUGGUGGACAAACAGGUGGUAACAGUGGAGGUGGAGGAAGUGGUGGUGGAGGAAAAUGGAGAGGAAGUCGUGGAGGUGGUAGAAGAGAUAAAAGGAGAGGAGGAGGAGGAGGUCAUCGAGGGGAUGGAGCUGGAGGAGGAAUGAAUAAUAGGGAUUCAGACCAAGUUCAUCCAAGGUCAAGAUUAGAAGAUGAUGAUGUAUCAAUGGAUGAUGGAGACAAUCCAAAAGCAAAUUCGAGAUUUAAUCCGUAUGGAAACCGUAAAUCUGGAGCAAGUCAGAGGAGAUCACAGAACAAUGAUAGAAGAGGAGGUUCAUCACAAAGCUCUAUGUCAAGAUUAGGUUUACCAUUCAAGGAUGGUUCUAGGCAUAGUGGAAGGGAUGAUGAAACAUGGUGUAAAAUUACUAUACCAUAUGGGAAGAAGAGUGAGAAGGAAUGGCUCAUCAAAACUAUCCAAGGUGCUUGUAAAGAACCUUUUAUACCACAAGAGUUUACUUAUGAUAAUCAGAAUGCAAUCUUUUAUGUGGAUGAUUUAGCUACCGGUGAAGCUUUGAAAGAUGUUAGCACCAGAAUAACAACCCCAAGUGGAUACAAGAUCAUCAUUCAGACUCGUCCAUGCAGACCACCCAUGAAAUCGGUGUUUAAUGAAAAAGAUCUUGAUCUACUCAAACAAGUUAUGAGCAGACGUUACGAUCCCUCAGCCAAAUCACUAGACCUUGGGAAUCUGACAAAUGAUGCUGAUUUGAAAGGGAAGCUGUUCCUCAUUGUAGAAAGACCAGCCCACUUUGCUGCAAUCCUUAAAAUAAUUACUGAAAACAUUCCAGAGAUGACAAUACUUCAACUUGAUGCUAACAAGCUAUACAAUCUGAAGAGCAUGUCUGAUCUACCGCUUAAGAUGCCAAAUAUCACAACACUCAGCCUGGCACGUAACAAUUUGAGAUCUGAAGGAGAGCUAGACAAUCUGAAAGGACUCAAGCUGAAGGAGUUAACUCUCGAUGGUAACCCUCUAUGUGAUAACUUCAGAGAACAAUCAACAUAUAUCAGCGCUGUUCGAUCAAGAUUUCCCAAGGUAGAGAUCUUGGAUGGAAGCACACUACCCCCUCCUAUCAACUUUGACCUGGAAGACACUGCUCCAUUACCCCCUAUGCAACCAAACUUCUUUGCAGGGGACCAAGUCAAAGCAAUCUUGGUUCCAUUCUUGGAAAGGUUCUUCAAAGUAUAUGAUUCCCAUGACAGACAACCACUGCUUGAAAUCUAUCAUGAUCAGUCAAGUUUCUCAUUAUCAAUACCUUUGAACAUGGAGCCUGGCCAAGGGAAGACCCGUCUUAGCCGUUAUUUGAGAGAACAUCAAAGCCGUAAUCUACUUGUCACAAAGGACCCAGCUCAAAGGAACAAGCUAAUAAAGCAGAAGAAAGUACCUAUCAUAGCCUACCUUCAUGAUCUACCAGCCACUCAACAUGAUAUGAAUUCCCUGAGGAUUGAUGUAUCCAUGGCACAGGGAAAUCUACUAUGUUUCACAGUCAGUGGUACUUUCAAAGAAGUUACCAGCAAGUCCAACGAUGAGGUAGUAAUUGCAUUCAGUAGGGUAUUCUUAGCUACACAUCAUCCUACUACGGGCCUAUGUAUCAUCAAUGAUCAACUCUGCCUAAGACCAGCUACCAACCAACAAAAGAGUUCAUUUGCUAGCCCUGGUCCUACACCAUCUACUAGUCCUGUCAACGUUCCUCAAUCAAUGCCAACACCAAUACCACAAGGACUUGGCCCAACACAGCAACAGAUGCUUGCUGAAUUCAUGAGAGUCUCUGGUAUGAAUGCUGAUUGGUCUAUGAAGUGUCUAGAAGAGAAUAACUGGAAUUAUGAACAAUCAGGGAAGGUUUUCACAAGUUUACAGAGUGAAGGGAAGAUUCCACCAGAAGCAUUCAAGCAAGCAUGAUGGAUGUAGUCACUGUAAAUUAAUGUUGGAUAUGUUACUGCUAUUUGAUUUUGUUCUGUGUGUUUUUAAUAUAAAAUGGGGUGUUUGAAAUCCUAUAUUGACAUGCAUCCAAAACAUCAUUAAUUCAUAAAUUUAUGCAUGAGAAAUAUGGAUAAAAUUUGGAAAUAUGCCUUCAGUAUUUAUCUACACGGUAGUGUGAGUGACUCUGAGUCUUGUUAAAUUGUGAAGAUUGUGUUUGUUGCUGGGGAAGAACUGAAAUGUGAAAAUAUGUGUUAUUAUUGCAUUCAGAACAAAUAUGAAAGGAAAUGUGCAUGAUCUAGAGGCUUCGGUCUUUGCAAUACCUGGCAUUAUAUUUUUAAUGACACACAUAAAAAUGUAAAUUGACAAGAAGUAUUAGAGCAAAAAAGGUAGACUAAUGAAUGCUCUACAUAUAAGCAUGUUUUAUAUUUUUAGACUACUGAUUUUUAAUGUGAAUGUUCAUUUUUUCCAGUUUAUUUAUUUAGUAAUCAUCACAGUUACAAGAUAUGUAAAUUUCAAAAGAUGUAUAUAAUUUCACAAUUAUGAAUUGCUCUUGCAAAGGAUUGUGUCAUACCCGUUUUUAAUCUCAGGAAGUUCUUAAUUGAACUAAAGUCAAUCAUUUGAUUUGAAAUCACAAGUUUUUUUUUUAAUUUGGAAAUAUUUGGAUUGCAUCAGAUCCCAUUCUGUAAAGAAUUAAAAAAGAAGAAAAACUUAUUUUGUCAGUAGCUUGUUUAUGAUUUUUUAUUUACUUGAUUGGCAAUUGCUUGGCUAGAAAUGCCAUUCCCUGUGCAGCUUAUUUUAUUGUGUUUCUGAAUAAGAUAUCAAAGAUAAUUACAAUUUUACAAAUUACAUGAAUUUCAAAAUUAAAACCAUUUAUAGUUUUUUGCUCAGCAGACAUUUGAUAAUUUCAUUUAAAAUCAUGUAGUAAUAUUAAGAUGUGUGUAUGAGCAAUGUACUAAGGCAUUAUUUUCAACUUAAGUGCACAUGUUACUCACGUUGAUAUGUGAUAUACAGUAAAGAUAUAUUUUUAGUCAAUUUGCUUUCUCAUACCAUUUAUUGUCCUCUCAAUCUUCUUAUGUUUUGUUUGUGAUGGAAUGACUAUAGCUUGACAUCAAGGACUGAUUGGUAUGACAUUCAGGAUUAAGACAGAGCUAUAGGAUGUUGACAUCAAACUCAGAUUGAGCAUGCGAUCUUAAACUCAUAGGAGUAAUGCCAAAAAAUUGUUUACAAAUUAUAAUUUUUCCUAUUAAAGCCUCUUUGUAUUUAUUCCAAGUCACAUGAUAUGGGUGUUCAAAGUCACAUGAUGUGAUAUUUUGUGUGUAUGUUGUGUGCUAUAAUCUUCACAGAUGACAUAAAAUUGAAACGUUUACUUUUGACUUAACAUAACUGUAUGUCGUUUUCUUAGCUUACUCUCUUAUACUUCGUUUUCACUGCUUCUGUUGCAGAAAGCUGCACAUACUUAAAUGGUGUUCUAUCCUAUGGUUAUUUCACUUCUAUGACAUAUUGAUCAAUUUGUGAUUGUGACUUGUUGUUUCAUUGGUCUCAAAACUGUUUUUAUCUUUCAAAGUUUCACUUCACUAAGAAAAAUACAUUGAAAGUUUUAUUUUAUUUUUGUUUAUUUAUCAAGACAAGACAUGUUGCUUUGUCUGCACUAUAUAUUAUGCAAGUUGAUAGAUGCUAAACAGGGAUGUCAUCUGGUACCUUGUUACUAGCAAGUACCUACCAGGUCUUCUGAAUUCUCUUUGGGAAGUUUAUUUGCUCCCAUUUUCAUUCAAAGAACAAAAAUCAAAGUUGUUCCCUCUAAAAGGGUUGAUAAAUGGAUUGGUCUGAGCAGUCAAAGAAAUGAAACCUGGAGCAGAUUAGGUCAGUUGGCAUUCUCCUUUUUUAUAUUUGAUAACAAUAAGAUUCCUGAAUUGUACCUACAUUCAUGGUUUUCUGUUCUGUAGUUCCUAUUAAUCCUAUAUAUGGUGCACAGUGGUGGGGCUUCUUUGAAAAGGGGGGGGGGGUAUCAUACUACCUUACGCCCUGUUUGGAUCAGGCCAUUAAAGACAUGGGAGCAGAGAUACAAUCACAUACUUGAAAUUUUAGUUUACUCCGGGGGAGAACUUCAUCAACAUGUGUCAACUGACCCUGAUUGUGAUUGGCCAAGAAGCACAGGUGU